AUGCUUCGAAGACUCCCACUACAAUGGCUUCGUUUUGCCAGUCAAAGGGCUACAAUUAAUGCUAUGAAGGCAGAGGACCUCAUUGAACCUAUUCACCCGCUUCUCUUAGCCAGAGCGCAGGCCAUGACCAAAGAGUACGGUUCUCUUGAGAAGAAGAUGGAAAAUGGAGGCUUCGACCAAGACGUCAGCAUUCGUUUCCUGACGGUAUCCACGAUAUUGGAGAACUACCAUAAGUACAAGAGUGAUAUGGAGAAUGUCACUGCUCUUUUGGAUAUCAUUAACGAAGAGUCCCCAGACCAAGAGCUUUUGGAAGAGGCACAGAAAGAACUCAAGGAUAUAAUACCCAACAUUCUGAGAACUUCCCAGAACCUUCAGAAACGGUUAUUACCACCGUUGAGUCACGAUGAUAAGCCAGCUAUGAUGGAACUCCGUCCUGGUGUGGGAGGAUCAGAGGCUGGCCUUUUUGCAGAGGACCUUCUCAACAUGUACAUAAACUAUGCCAAUCACAAAAAGUGGCCUCUCAAGAUUAUGAGCAAAACUAUUGGAUCUAAUAACGGUCUUUCUGAAGCUAUUAUCACAAUCGAUGCUCCUGGUGCUUACAAUACGCUUCGACACGAGAGUGGUGUCCAUAGAGUGCAGCGUGUACCUGCAACAGAGACCAAAGGACGUACUCAUACUUCCACUGCAGCGGUAGUGGUGUUACCGAAGAUGUCUGAAGGUACUGAACAAUCGUUACAAGAGGAUGAACGUCAAUUUGCUCCUGGUGAAGUUCGUAUUGAUACCAUGAGAGCUGGAGGAAAAGGUGGCCAGCAUGUGAACACAACGGAUUCUGCUGUGCGUUUGGUACAUAUUCCAACCGGAAUCAUUGUGAUGCAACAAGACGAACGGUCACAGCCGCGUAAUAAGGCCAAAGCUUUUCAGAUCUUGCGUUCUAGGUUGGCGCUCUUACAACGUGAAAAGGAAAUCGCUGAACAGCGCAAAAUGAGGACCGAUCAAGUCUCUACAACUGAUCGUUCUGAUAAAAUUCGAACCUACAAUUACCCUCAGAACAGAGUUACAGACCACCGUUGUGGACAUUCAGUGCACGAUUUACCAGGCGUCAUGACUGGGGUUAAGUUAGACGAGUUGAUUGAAAAAGUCGAUGAGCACGAGUUCGAGGAACGUCUCCAAUUCCUUAUAGACCUGGAGAAGUAA